AAAAUGACUUAGACGUGUACCUAAACCAAUUUCUGGAACUUCGUCAAAGACUGUUGUACGCUGAAAAGGAAAAUAAGAAAAGAUCACAGGAACUGAGCAGUGCCUUAGAUGAAAUUAAACGUGUAGUUGCAAAAAGAAUGAACUUGACAACAAAUCAUACAGAUGAUGUGAAGUGGAAAGUGUUAAACUUCACCAGAAAACUCCCCGUGCAUCUUAUAAACAUUUACUUCUAUCUACCUCACCUUCAAGAAUAUGAAGAUGCGGUUUUCCCAAAUGUUAUUUUUGGGCAACAGAGAACUGGAGUCUCAUUGGUGAUGGGUAUUCCUACUGUGAAAAGGGAAAAACAGCAUUAUCUGAUUAGUACACUGCAUUCCCUACUGUAUGAACUUUCUGAAGAGGAAAAGAAUGACUGCAUGAUAAUUGUCUUUGUAGCAGAGGUGAAUGCAGAGUAUGUUAACAGUGUUGCAGAAAGUGUUAAAACCAGCUUUCCCAGAGAAAUCCAGUCUGGAGUCCUAGAGGUUAUUUCUCCUCCUGCUUCUUAUUAUCCAGAUCUUUCCAACCUGAAGCAAACGUUUGGGGAUUCAGAGGACAGAGUAAGGUGGAGAACCAAACAGAAUUUGGAUUACAGCUUUUUAAUGCUAUAUGCCCAACCAAAGGGAAGAUUUUAUUUACAGCUGGAAGAUGACAUUAUAGCUAAACCUGAUUAUAUUCAAGGUAUAAGAAACUUUUCUGCUACACAGUCCCAAGACUGGAUGAUUCUCGAGUUCUCCCAGCUUGGAUUUAUUGGAAAAUUGUUUAAAUCAGAAGACUUGCCACUCAUAGUGCAAUUUUUUCUCAUGUUCUAUAAAGACAAGCCCAUAGACUGGCUUAUAGACCACCUGCUCUGGGUUAAAGUGUGCAAUCCAGAAAAGGAUGCAACACACUGUGAAAAGGAGAAGGCAAAGUUACGUAUCCGUGCUAAACCCUCUCUCUUUCAGCAUGUGGGAAUUUAUUCAUCAUUGGCUGGGAAGAUACAGAAUUUGAAGGAUAAAGAUUUUGGCAAGAAUGUGCUACAUAAAGCGCAUAAUAAUCCACCUGCAAAAGUGGAUACAAGCCUAAAAACAUACAAGCAAUUUACCUUGGAAAAAGUUUAUAAAGGACAAGACUGUUUUUGGGCUUCAGCUCCAACAGCAGGGGAGUACAUCAGCUUCACCUUUUUAAAUCCAGUGAAAGUUGAAAAGUACUUCUUCAGAAGUGGAAACAUGGAGCAUCCUGGCGAUAAGCUGUUUAACACAACUGUGGAAGUGUUGCCAGCUGAUGAAAUGCUAAAAAAAGAACUGAUUGACAAUGGAAGUAAAUUUAAUUACCCAGCAACCAAAGAUGGAUAUUUACAGAUAGGGGCUUUUGAAAAUGGAAUUGCAGAAGGCAUUAUCAAUCAGUCAAUAGGAAAAAUACAGGCUAUUCGUCUGUCAGUCAAUUCUGAUUCUCCUGCAUGGGCAAUACUUAGCGAGGUAUUUAUCAAGACAUCUGAAAACUGA